GACCAUGUGUCGUUUUGACCUCUUAAAACCUCCCCCCCACAGGCUCAUUUAAGCCUGGAUUAGUCCACAAAUUAACACUCGCCCCGCGGACAUUCCACCAGCUACAACACCUCACCAUACCGCGCAUGCAUGCCCCAGAAAAGAUGAUUUUCGCGGCGCUGGUCGUGGUUCUAUUGUUCCCAGCAACGGUGGGGGCUACGGCGAUGCAGCCUGCCGAGACUUGCCUCCGGCGGUGCGGGAACAUCGAUAUCCCGUACCCGUUCGGCGUGGGCAGCGGGUGCCACCUGGAGACGGGGGACUGGACCUUCUCGCUGAGCUGCAACCGCACCGCCGACGGCCGGCACCGGCUGUACAACUACCAGAUCGAGGUCCUCGACAUGUCGGUCCGCCGCGGGCAGCUGCGCAUCUACAGCCUCAUCAACCCGUGGUGCUACAACGCCACCACGGGCGGCAUGAACUCGCAGAACAACUGGUGGUACAACAUGUCCAUCACAAACUUCCGCAUCAACGACGCCCUGAACCGCUUCACCGUGGUGGGCUGCAACUCGCUGGCCUACAUCCGGUCCCUCAACGAGACCGCCGACCGGUACAUGACAGGGUGCAUGGCCAUGUGCCCCGGCGUGGGGCGGCUGGAGAACGGGUCCUGCGCCGGGGUCGGCUGCUGCCAGACGGCCAUCCCCUCGGGCCUCAACGCGUACCAGAUCUCCUUCGAGGAGAAGUUCAACAACACCGGGGAUACUGCGGGGUUCAGCCCCUGCAGCUACGCCGUGCUCGUCGAGGCCGCCGCUUUUGACUUCCGCACCACGUACGUCACCACGGACGAGUUCGUCGUGGCCAACGACAGGCAGGUGCCGCUGGUUCUCGAUUGGGCCAUCGGGAACAAGACGUGCGACGAGGCCAAGGGUAACGCGUCGGCGUAUGCCUGCGUUAGCGGCAACAGCGAGUGCGUCGACUCCAAGUACGGCCGGGGCAAGGGCUACCUCUGCAACUGCUCCGCCGGCUACGACGGCAACCCCUACCUCCUCAACGGCUGCCAUGAUAUCAACGAGUGCGAAGACAAAAGUGUCAGGUACCCGUGCUCUGUCCCUGGUACUUGCGUCAAUACCAUGGGCGGAUACAACUGUGUUUGCCCUCGCAAGACAUCAGGCAACGCGUACAGCGGGACAUGCGAGGAAGACAAAUCCCAGCUUGGAUGGCAGAUCGCCAUUGGAGUCAGCGUUGGUGUCAUCAUACUGAUUGCCGCCGCUUCCUGCGCCUACAUGGUGUUCGCGAAACGGAGGCUCGCCAAGAUCAAGCGAGAAUACUUCAAGCAGCACGGGGGGCUGUCGCUGUUCGACGAGAUGAGGUCGAGGCAGGGCCUGUCCUUCACGCUCUUCACCCAGGAAGAGCUGGAGGAAGCCACGGGCAGGUUCGACGAGCGGAACGUGAUCGGCAAGGGCGCCAACGGCACGGUCUACAAGGGCACCACCAAGGACGGCGAGGUGGUGGCCAUCAAGAAGUGCAGGCUGGCCAGCGAGAGGCAGCAGAAGGAGUUCGGCAAGGAGAUGCUCAUCGUGUCCCAGAUCAACCACCGGUACAUCGUCAAGCUCUACGGCUGCUGCCUCGAGGUGGAGGUGCCCAUGCUGGUGUACAAGUACAUCCCCAACGGCACCCUGUACGGGCUCAUCCACGGCAGGCGGGACCGGGACCGGGACGUGCCACGGAUCCCGUUCACGGCCCGUCUCAAGAUCGCGCACCAGACUGCCGAGGCGCUCUCCUACCUGCACUCGUGGGCGUCUCCCCCCAUCAUCCACGGCGACGUGAAGACGUCCAACAUACUCUUGGACCAGGACUACACGGCCAAGGUCUCCGACUUCGGGGCCUCCACGCUGGCGCCGACGGACGAGGCCCAGUUCGUGACGUUCGUGCAGGGCACCUGCGGGUACCUGGACCCGGAGUACAUGAGGACGUGCAAGCUGACGGACAAGAGCGACGUGUACAGCUUCGGCGUCGUGCUGCUGGAGCUGCUGACGUGCAGGAAGGCGCUGAACCUGGAGGAGCUGGAGGAGGAGAAGUACCUGUCGUCGCAGUUCCUCCUGGUGGUCGGGGAGAACAGGUUGGAGGAGAUGCUGGACCCCCAGAUCAAGGACGAGACGAGCAUCGAGGUGCUUGAGCAGGCCGCGGAGCUGGCGAAACAGUGCCUGGAGAUGCUGGGCGAGAACAGGCCGACGAUGCGGGAGGUUGCAGAGGAGCUUGAUCGGUUGAGCAAGCUAGCCCAGCAUCCAUGGGGGCGGCAGGAGUCAGCGGAGCUAGAGGCACUGCUGCUCCGUGGAUGUGGAUCGGCGUCACCCACCACCUACUCUGGCCACUCUGGGAUACAACUUGGUAGCACCAGAAAUAUUAGUUUCAGUGACACGGCGUACAUAGGAAUCAAGUCACCCCGUUGAUACGUGGUACAUUUUUGGGUGUGCCUGGAGGCUGGAGUUAUGCAUACACUCAUCACUGCACAAGAUUGCAAAUUGUUUUCCUGUAUUUAUAAUUAUCCCUGGAUUUUAUACAUGCAGAAAUGCUAUAUCUGCUUCCUUCA